CUCCGCGGGAUCGGGAUGCUGGCGCUGCGCCAGGGAGGUAGGCGCCUCGCCCGGAGACCCUCCUCCUCCUCCUCCUCCUCCUGCGCUGCCGGGUCCGCCUCUUCUCGUCCCUCUCCUCCGCCUCUUCCGCUGCCGCCGCCGCCGCCGACCAUGGCGCGUCUGGUCGGGUCUCCGGCGUCUCUGCUGCGACCCCCUCCGUGCGCGCUGGCGGCGGCGGCGGCGCUGGCCGUGCUGUGCGCCCUGUACUACGCGCGCUCGCCCGCCUCGCCGGAGCCCCGCGCGCCUCCGCCCGCCGCCUCCGCCGCUGCCCCGGCCGCCGUCGCCUCCGCCGGGGAGAGCAAGGCCAAGGCGGGCGAGGAGCUGCUGGCCUCGGCGGGGCUGGCGGCGGCGGCCGGGGCGGCGGGCGACGCGGAGCUGCACGUGCUGCUGCUGCUGGCCAAGGCGGAGCGCAACGCGUCGCUGCGAUCCAAGGCCGAGGCGGCGCUGCGCUCGCUGGCGCGCUUCGCCAAGCUGGGCCCGCGCCAGGCGCUCGUGCUGCACCUGCUCAGCGACGCGCCCAGCCGUCCCGUCGGAAAGGCCGUCCUCCGCGACGCGCUGCGCAGCGCGCAGUUCCAGCACAAGGUGGUCUUCCACGACGUGGACGUGGUGGCGGAGAAGCUGCUUCCCCUCGUGGAGGCCAUGCAGAAGCUCUUCAGCGCCGGCGCCGGCACCUACUAUGGCGACUCGCUCUUCUUCCUCUCGCUGGCCAUGCACCGCGUCCUGCCCAAAGAGAUUUCGCGGAUCAUCCAGGUGGAUCUUGAUGUGGAGUACAGGACCAACAUCCGGGAACUUUUUGAAGAGUUUGACAACUUCCCGGAAGGGGCUGUGAUUGGCAUUGCCCACGAGAUGCAGCCUGUCUAUCGGCACCUCUUCUGGCAGUACCGCCAGGAGCACCCGGGGACCAAGGUGGGGGAGCCCCCACCGGACGGCCUCCCUGGCUUCAACAGUGGGGUCCUCCUGCUGAACCUGGAGGCCAUGCGCCACUCGGAGCUCUACAACCGCCUGCUGGAGCCGGGCGCCGCCCAGCACCUGGCGGACCAGUUCCACUUCCGGGGCCACCUGGGCGACCAGGACUUCUUCACGCUGGUGGGCAUGGCUCACCCGGAGCUCUUCCACGUCCUCGACUGCACCUGGAACCGGCAGCUCUGCUCCUGGUGGCGUGAGCACGGCUACCGCGAUGUCUUUGACCGCUACUUCCACUGCGACGGCCACGUCAGGAUCUACCACGGCAACUGCAACACGCCCAUCCCCCAGGAGUAGCCCCUGGCUGGCCAGGGGGAGUUUGGGGGGCAGCAGCUGUGCUGUGGGCACUGCAGGGCUCUCGCCAUGUCUCUUUGCCUGAUGCUGACUCCCACCAAGUGGAGGCUGCUCCCUUUCCCUUGCACACAGCUGGGGUCUACCUGGGAGGAAUCCUUUUGGGCCUUGCAGGAAGGAUGCUGAGCCAGGUGUGUUCUGCCAGCAGGCAGCUAUUGUUGUUUUGGGACACAGACACUGCAGGGAGACGGAGGCUGGGCAUUUCCCUGGCAGCUGCCUGGAGACUGUGAACAUUUCCCCCUUGACUGCAGAGUUCAGCCAUCCACGUUCAGAUCUUGGCUGCAGCACACGUGCCCAGCAAGGCAGCAGGAGCGUGGCCCCUGCAGCAAGGACAGCUUCUUGCAGACCAAGCCUGCAUUCUGCAGAGAUCCAUUGGCCCCCAGUUGUACUAGAGUGCUCAGCCCUCUGCCCUGGCCGUCCUCACCAACAUCCUUUGGGGCUGUGGGGAAAAGGCCCUGCUGCCCUUUGGGCCAAGGGGAAAGUGUGGGGCUGAGAGGCCUUGUCCUGGGGGGAUGGUGUGGCUCUUCUGCCGUCAGGCAGUGGGGCAGGGGGAGAGACCUGGAGGGCGAAGGAGAGGGUUAGGGUUAGGGUGCCAGGAGUCUCUUGUCCCUUCUGCAGGGGCAGAAUAAAAUGCAUUCCAACAGGCCCAGCAUGUCUCUCACCUCUGGGGAAAGCGGGCUGGGGGGAGAGGGGUCUGCAGCAGGGAAACGAAAUGGCUUGCUGGAAGUCAGACCUGGCUGCCGCCUCAUGUGGCUUCCAGGCCUCUUUUUGAUGAGGAAUGGAAAGCUGUCCAAAUGGAGAGAAGUAGAAAGCGAAGUCCCCCAAGGAACAGAAUUGGGGCCUGUGCUUCUUAAGCUUAAGGGUCUAGACCAGUGUUUCCCAAACUUGGGUUUCCAGCUGUUUUUGGACUACAACUCCCAUCAUCCACAGCUAGCAGGACCAGUGGUCAGGGAUGAUGGGAAUGGUAGUCUGAAAACAGCCGGAGACCCAAGUUUAGGAACACACAGAGCCAGGGGUGAGCAGGGAGGGGGGCAAGUUUGCUGGCGACACUAAAUUGUUCAGGGGGGUUCAACAAAAAGAGAUUGUGAAGAGCUCCAAAAGGAUCUCUCCAAGCGUAGUGAAGGGGCUGCAACGUGGCAAGUGCAAUUUUCUGUGGUAAACGAGUGUAUGGUGUUUUGGGUUCCCACAGAAAAUGUUGAUUUCACAUCCACACUUGUGGGGCCUGAACUGGUGGUGAAGACCAGGAGUGGGUCCUCUGGGUUGUAGCACAGAGAGCAAAAGAGAUUUUGGACCCAUGUGCGACAGCCAUGAAAAAGGCAAAUGCCACGCUAGGGAUCAUCAGGGAAGGAAUUGAAAAUAAAGCUACGGACAUAGUGCUAUUUACAAA